AUGUCAAAGAUAGUUAAGAUAAGUGAUAUCAAGGAACCUCAAUCUUAUCUGUACGAUGCCAGAAUGAUGGUGUAUUGUUAUGUACUAUAUAUCGAGCCAAGAAUUGGUAAAGGUCCUUUUAGAUUGUUCAUAACAGAUUUUUCAACUAAUAAUUGCGUAUAUAAUGGGUAUUCUAAUAUUCAAGUAAUGGAAGCUUUUGACCUUUCCCCUGAUCAGAUGUUCCAAGUUGACGUUUAUGAUGAAAGGAUGAAAGAAUUCUUGCUAUCCUAUUCAAGAGUCAAAGGAGAGGUGUUAAAUAUACCUGCAGGCGAAUCAGUGAAUUUAAGUGAACUAGGAAUAAUUGCAUUGAUCCAUUUCAAACCAAAAAUGUAUAAUAAUUCUUUGGAGGGUAAGGCCAUAGAAAUAGAGGUUCUUAACAAGAAUUACAUUUCCAAUAAUUCUUCAUCACCAAAAUUGAAUGAUUUGUGUCGAGAAAUUUCCAACAAGUUCCCAAAAGAUAAGAAAAAGAUUUUGACCACCAUUUUACCAUUACAAUUUUAUGAUUUAAAUCUACUCAAAGAAGAUGAAGUACCGCCAGAUAAUUCACAAUUAUACAGAAGUAGUCAAAUCCAAGUGGAAAACACUGUAAAUAAUAUAUCCACUGGAUAUGGUAAAGGGUUCUAUGUCAAAGAUGAGGUAAACGAAAUGGUUCCCGGGAAUGCAUAUUUAGACGAUAUGGUCGACGAUCCAGAUAACAGUUCACACAGUUUUGAUAAUGCAAGAAUACUUCCUGGCCAAUCACGUAAAAGAGAUGAAACUUCAAGUUUAGGAAUAUAUUCUGAUAACUCAUUCACUGUGGAGGAUAUUUGUAAGAUGGAUUUGACUGUGGAUAAUAUGGUCUAUCCAAUAACUGCCAUAUUAAUGGAUACAAUACCAUCCGACUUAAGUCACUUGAUCGUGAAAUGCUGUGAAAUGGUUCAUGGUAAGUUGAAACUAUCUGAUCCUAUUUUACGACCUUUGGAAAUGAUUUUUUGCAGCCAUCCAGCAACAUUUUUAAAUAAUAUGAACAGCUUAAGAGUUUUCAUAGAACCAGAGCAAUUCUUGGACCUUCUAGAUACUCCGAUAGAACUUCUUUAUGCCAAACCAGAACUUAUACAACAAAAAUUAGAGAGCAUUAAACGGAAGAAAUCUCAAUAUAACAUAUAUAAGAAGAAAAUAGUUUUAGGUGACAGUUCCAUAGUAAUAUGGUGUACUAAGUAG